GUAGACUCCAUACCAUCAUCCAUCCUUCACACAACUAGAGCACAAGCAUAAAAUCCAAGUAAGUAGUAUUUAACGCAAAUCCACCAUGAAGACCUUACUCAUCCUAACAAUCCUUGCGAUGGCAACAACAAUCGCCACUGCCAAUAUGCAGGUCGACCCUAGCAGCCGAGUACAAUGGCCACAAGAACAACCAUCCCCCCAGUCCCAACAACCAUUCUCCCAGCAACCACAACAAAUAUUUCCCCAACCCCAACAAACAUUCCCCCAUCAACCACAACAAGCAUUUCCCCAACCUCAACAAACAUCCCCCCAUCGACCACAACAACAAUUUCCCCAGCCCCAGCAACCACAACAACCAUUUCCUCAGCCCCAACAACCCCAACUACCAUUUCCCCAACAACCACAACAACCAUUCCCCCAGCCUCAACAACCCCAACAACCAUUUCCCCAGUCACAGCAACCACAACAACCUUUUCCCCAGCCCCGACAACAAUUUCCGCAGCCCCAACAACCACAACAAUCAUUCCCCCAACAACAACAAUGGAUGAUUCAGUCAUUUCUACAACAACAGAUGAACCCCUGCAAGAAUUUCCUCUUGCAGCAAUGCAACCCUGUGUCAUUGGUGUCAUCUCUCGUGUCAAUAAUCUUGCCACGAAGUGAUUGCCAGCUGAUGCAGCAACAAUGUUGCCAACAACUAGCACAAAUUCCGCAACAGCUCCAGUGCGCAGCCAUCCACAGCGUCGCGCAUUCCAUCGUCAUGCAGCAAGAACAACAACGAGGCGUGCAGAUCCUGCGGCCACUAUUUCAGCUCGCCCAGGGUCUGGGUAUCAUCCAACCUCGACAACCAGCUCAAUUGGAGGGGAUCAGGUCAUUGGUAUUGAAAACUCUUCCAACCAUGUGCAACGUGUAUGUCCCACCUGACUGCUCCACCAUCAACGUGCCAUAUGCCAGCAUAGACGCUGUCAUUGGUGGCCAAUGAAAAAUUCAAGAGUUAUGCUAAUAGGUAGAUGAAUCAUCGUUGCUUAGCUUAUGCACCGAUCAUUGUAACGAUGACAAAUAAAGUGGCCUGCACCAUCAUGUGUGACCCCGACAUGUGCUAGUUCAAGCUUGGGAAUAAAAGACAAAUAAAGUUCUAGUUUGC